AUGCCUAUUCCUUCUGAACCACCGCUAGCAGGCGUAGGGCAAACAGCCCCCAGGAAGUCGGCCAAAAAACGCAAGUAUGAAUCCGAGGAUCCGAAUAACCCGCGCUAUCCAAUUCCAAUUGAAACUCUGCAGAAGAUGUCAGCAACACAGCUUCGCAAGGUAGCCCAAGAGAACUCGAAGUCGUCCAUGUCCUCUGCUGAUCAAGUCGCCUUCAUGGAGCUCUUUCAUGAGCAGGAGCUGGCGAUGAUUCUUAAAGCAAUCGAGCUGCAUGUCUCUAUGCCCAUGGUCUGGGCAGUAUUGGGUCGACGUGUCGCCAUUCGUGAAGCCAACUGCUGGAACCGAUUCCUGCAGACGGACAAAGCCCGUCAGAUCUUCCAAACUAGCAGGCAGGGCGUCAAGAAUAAGCAAGUAAUGAAGAAACUGUCGGCGGCCUAUAAGCAGUUGACAGUGGAGGAGAAGGCCGCACUUACCAAAGAAAUCAAUGACGAGAGCGACGACGAAAGUGAUGAAGAUGAUGACAAUGGUGAUGAUGCAGGGAGCGAGAAUCAGGCAGAUUUGAGUCUCCGACCCAAGCGCCCACUCCCUUCUCGUCGUCGUAGAGGUGAUGAGCUCACUGCGGCCGAGUUGGCUAUGGAUGAAGUUACCGACGAAGAGGAAGAUACUCCUGAGACCAAACCUGCUGCCAAGGGAUCAAAAAAUUCUACCGGUGUCAUCCGGGGUACCGUCUCCAACUUGACUCGGAAGAAUCAAGUAGAUCUCACCAUGAAUAGAUGGGCACGCGAGGCGGCAAAUCUCUCCGCAACAUGCUGUUGCGAGGUUGUCAUCUUUGCAGUAUCAAAACACUUAUCCAACCACUGCUUCCGAAUGGACCGAUGUACCCCUGGUGCAUUUAAACCAAACAGCGAGAUAUCCCAAAUGGAUGGUAAUAACCAAUACUCGGCCCGACUACAGGCACUUGUCACCGGUAACUCAGUCGGUCAGAUUGCUGUAGGGGAGAAGAUUCCGGGCACAUCCAGUAAGUGCGGGUAA